AUGCCGACGCCAUGGUGGAUGGAGGUCAAGCAUGGUGCCCCUCGUCGCGUAUCGCAUGCUGCUGUUGCAAUUGGCACAGACAUUUUCACAUUCGGUGGUUUCGCUGACGAUGCUGAUGAUUACGUCGAAUUUGGACCAAUUGACGUACACAAAUUAGAUACGGGUGAUAUAUUUUUUUUUUCAAUAGCACAACCAGAAUCAUACACUAAAUACCAAUAUGAAAUGUACGAAAUACAUUAAUGUACGCGGUACGCUAGUGGCGUGGUGAACAUUUUUAAACCACAAUACCUAACAUAUAAUUCAAUAUACCUACCCACCUCCAUAGGCACCUAGAGAGCCCCCCCCCUUAACUUAUAACUAAUAUUUUUCUCUAUUAAAUUGUAUACAUAUAUAUAUCAGUGGUUGCUAAUGUGGGCGAUAGAUUUGGUUAGGUUUUAAGGGGGCGUUGGACGGGCAGUGAGAUUUUAGAUGUGGAAUGUUUGAAAAAUAAAAAAGCACUAGCGUCUAGCGACAUGUACCUAUUAUUGCACAUGAAAUCAGAAUAGUUGUGUAUAGGACCAUGACGCUUAGGCUAUUCUAUCUUAUUUAAUAUUUUAGUCUAUCUAUUAUAAUAUCAUUGGUAAUUCGAAAAAAAAUCCCUGCAAAUAAAUUCCCAAACAUUACUAUACUAUCAAUAAUAAUAAAAGGCAUUUAAAAAAGUUUACAGACUACUUCAAUUUUAUUUAUACAUGUAUGUAUAAAUUUGUGUAUAAUCAUUGUCAUCUGUGUGAUUUUUUAGUCCAUAGAUUACAAACAAAACAGCAAAUAUUCUAAAAAAUAAUUUGUUGAACAUAACUAUGCUAUCUACUCAGUCAAGGGAAGUCUAACUAAUUUUAGUUGCUAAAUAUCUAAAAUUAACUUUUUAAAGCGAUAAAUUGUGGGAUUAGGAAAAUAUAUUAGAUAAAAGUUAUUUAGACACACAUAUUUGGUAUUAACACAUUAUUAGUUAUUACAUACCUAUUACUUUGUACUUCUUAAGUUCCUGUUGAAUAAUUUCAAACUGUGUAACUAUGGAUAUAAUUAAAUCCACACAAGGAAAAAAUAAAUGUUUUAUGGUUUGAUCUACAUACGGUAUUAUAUAUUUUUUUUUUAAUUAACUAUUAUUAUUUUUGACAGCUGUGUGCAUAGUAUACACUCAAACUAUUGAUGAUUAAACUAUAUUCUUUUUUCUUUUUUAUACAUAUAAUUUUGACUAUAUAGUUGCUUUGGAGAUUUAUUUGCAGUGAUUUUUUUCCCCGAAUUCAAUAUUGUUGUACAUACAAUUUUAAUAAAAAUAAAUAGCCCGUUUGGGUGACUAUCAUUUUAUUCUGUUAGUGUGAAUGAAAUUAUUUUUACUUAUGUGAAAUAAAAAUUGGACUUUAUCAUUGACUAUAUAAUAAAGAUAGAUAAUAAAGUAAGUUUAUUAUCUAUGACUAUCCUUACUAAUCAUUAUUAAUCACUAUUAUUGAAAACAAGAUAAAGGCUUUGGUAGGUACAAGACCUUAGAGUAAGAUCUUAUGUUAAUAUAUGUUUAAUAUGUACUUAUUUUUAAUUCCAGUGAAAUUGAAAUGGUCGAAAGUCGAAUAUAACCAAGACAUUACGAGUAUUCCUUCUCAAAGAGAUAACCACACAGUUGUCGCUCUUGGAUCUAAAGUAUAUUUGUGGGGUGGUUAUCAUGAAAUGCAAUGCAAUAUUUUGUACUGCUUUAAUAUUGGUAAUUUAUUGAUAAUUUUAUUUUUUCUACUCAUGUAUUAUAAUAAAUAAUAAUAGUGUAAUAUAAUUACACUUUAAUAUAAUUAAUAUUUACCUAGUAGAUAAUCAGUAAAUUAUAUCCUAACUAAAAUCGGUUAUUCCAGUCUUGGCCCUUUGAAAGGUUAUAAUUUAUAUAAAAAAUGUUUUGUAAUUACAUCAAAUAAUAUAUAAUAAUUAUACAAUGACAAGUGUAAUGACAUUAAAGACAUUUACUAUUUAACUCACGUCUCUAGGUAUAUAAAUAAAUUAUUUUACUUUUGAAAUUACUUGAGAAAACUUCUAGACUGCCUAUUAUUUUAUAAUAUUUAUAAAUAAAUAUAUAUAUAUAUAUAUAUAUAUAUAUAUAUGUAACUUGUGUAAUAAUAUGUGUAGCACCAUAAUAGGGGGGGGAGAUAGUUAUGUUCAAAUUUAAAAAAAGUUGGAAAAGUAUGAUUCAUAAAGUUAAUUAAUUUAUAUCUGUAGGUAAUGAUAAAUCUAAGUCAAGUUCUGUUUUACAUGUUUGUAAUUCCACAAUUUUUGAUUUUAAAAUGCUUAUAAAAAAACUACUAUAUUACGUUAAAUUUUUUUUUCACUUAAAAAGUACAUUUUGUAAUGAACCUCAUGUUAAAUUUUCAACAUAUACCUACAAAAAAAAAAACCUCAAAAUUAAGAAAUACCUAAGAAUAGAUCAAAAAGUAAAUAGAUAAAUCUAUACCCAGAAAAGUCUAAUAUUCAAAUUCAAAAUAAUGAAAUUGUUAUUUUUAUAAACUUAGCUAGUUUUCAUACUUCCCCCUCUCAUUGUAUGAUCCAUUAUUAAGAAAAUUAUAUAGAAGAUCAAAAAAAAGAAUGUUUUUACUUACUAACUAAACAAAAUUUAAAAAUUUAAAAUAAGGAAAUCCUGAUUUAUUGCUGUAUAUUUGUGUUUUUAAUUUAUGGUUUUCCUAAUUAUUGUGAAAAAAAAACACAUAUCAUAGUAAGGCCAAUUAGAAUCUAAAAAUUGACAGUUUCAAAACUACAGUUAUUUAUUACACAUUUUAGAUUUUGAGCAGAAAGAGGAAUGUAUUGAUUUUACAAUGAUGUUUAUUACUAUAUUUUUUUUUAUGUGAAUACUUUUUCUACCAAAAAGCAUACUCUGAUUAUCAAAUAUAGCAUAUUUUCUUAAAUGUGGCAAUUUAGAGUCAAAAUGCAACAAAAAAGGUUUCUUGCUGUUUUUUGAUUGGAGCAAGAUUUCUAGGAAUAAUUUUUUAUACAGCAUAAAAAAUAAAUAAACUUAAUAAACAUUGUAAAAUCAAUACAUUCCAUGCUUUGUUCAGAAUGUAAAAAAAACAAUUCUUCUGAUCUGUUAGGUUAGGUUUUUGAUUGUGAUUGUUUUUUUGGAGUACUAGCUCUAUCAAAUGCUAAUAAUUUCAUAUUUUAUUACAGAUACGCUUGAAUGGUCAAGACCAAAAGUAUAUGGAACUAUACCAAUGCCCAAAUAUGGUCAUUCUGCAUGUAUAAUUCAAAAUAAAAUGUAUAUAUUUGGCGGAUACACAGUAGACCGAAAGAACAUAACACAAGAUUUGUAUAUGCUUGACUUUAGCACAAUGACAUGGAGUAUAGUCAAAACAAAUGUAUUUUAACUUUUGUAUUUGUAUGAAUAUUAUGUGCAGGUAUUCAUCAUUAAUUUGUCUGCCAUAGGGAAGUCCGCCAUCAGUCAGAGAGUUCCACACUGCAACAGUUAUUGAUAAUAAAAUGUACAUUUAUGGGGGUCGUACUGUUACAAAAUCUGACCAGUUUUGCAUAAAGGAAGAACUAUACUGUCCUGAAAUGUAUUAUUUUGAUACAAAUACUAGAACUUGGGUAUCACCGACCAUUUAUGGCUAUAAACCUGUUGGUCGACGCAGCAAUUCAGCUUGUAUGUAUCUACCUACCUAAUAACUAUUUAUAAACAGACAAGAAAAGUAAUGUUGUGAUGUUUACUCAUAAUUCUCUUCAUCAUUGGUUACAGUUGCACAUGAUGGUUUCAUAUACAUUUUUGGUGGUUUUAAUGGCAACUUGGGCAUGCAUUAUAAUGAUUUUCAUCGAUAUGAUCCAGUGAAAUCAACAUGGAAAAAAAUUAAUCCGAAAGGCUUAUCACCAGCCCCCAGGAGAAGACAGAUUUGUUUAGUGAUCAAUAAUAAAGUUUUUAUAUCUGGUGGUGCUAGUCCAAUUUGUCCCAAAAAACCAACACUACCAUUGUGUAUUACCACUGCACAACCAUUAAAUUGUCAAAUGAAACAGCUUGUAAUUGUUGCAGCUUUUGGAGGGUUUAAACAACAUGAUGACCUUUUUGUUUUAAACCUAAGUAAGAUAAUAUUUGUAAUUUAUCAUUAUUUAUGUUACUUGGAUUAGAGAAUAUGAUUGUAUUUUUUUCAGAACCUAGUCUGAAAGAAAAGAUUUUGAAGAUUACGAGUGACAUCAUGAUGGACUUAAUCAUAUGUGGCUAA